UGAUUUUUUCAACUCACACCACACGUCUGAUCCCGUGCCUCCUCCUCUCCACCAUCAAAAUCUCAUCGUCUUAUAUUUCUUUCUGGAAAGGCAUAAUACUCUUUUUAAUUCUUUCUUUCUUUUGUCCCAAGCAUCAUCUUGGAGAGAGAGAGGGGGAGAGAGAGAGAGAGAGAGAGAGAGAGUAGUAGUAGUACUGUAGUUGAGAACAAAUCAAGGCCAUGGCUGCCUGUGGAAGCCUCCAUCACAUUUUUGAAACCCCAUUAUCCGAUAGCCCAACAACACUUCUUGAAUCCUUCUCCUCCUCAUGGAACCAAAUCCAGCCUCUCAAAUCAUCCAACAUUGACAAUAAUCCAUCAUCGACCCUCACUGAGAUGUUUGGGGAGCUUCAUUUCAAAGAGAAUAACAAUGUUAAUUCUCCAAUAUUUUCAUCACCUUCCAUGUCAUCCUCCUCGUCCUCAUUGACAUCUUCGGACGUAGAAUUUGACCCUAAAACCAAGAUUGGGAAAAAUGAGGAGGAGAUGAAGAAGAUGAAUGGCCAGAAGAGCCCCUCAAAGGAGUCCCCUUCGAGCAAUUACAGUAGGUCUCAGUCUCACAAAAGCAGUGAUAGCUUUUCAUCAAUGAAUUCGGAGAGCUUGCAGUUAUGCACGGAGGGACUUGGAUUCGAAAGCUCGGACGAGGUUGAGGAACUAUUCAAGGAAAGUCCUCCUAGUGAUCAUGGAUAUCAUGAGGAUGAAGAAAACAUUACUGUUCAAGAGGAGAAGAUUAGUUUUACAAAGCAAUAUUUUCCAGUUUCAGAAAUUAGUUAUAAUAAUAAUUGUUGUGGUGGUGAAUUAGGGUUUAGGAGGUCAAGGAGUACUAGUGUUGGGGGAUUCCCUCCGCCGAUAUCCUGCAUAAGCAACAGCGGGAAGCCUUGGGUUUGCUUCAAGUCUUACAGGCAUAAUGGCAGGUUUGUCCUCAAAGAAAUCAGAAUCCCCACCCAAGAGUUCUUGCAUGCUCACAGGGAAGAUGGGCGCCUCAAGCUGCACUUCGUCAUGCCCGACAACGAGAUUCUAGGUGAGGAAGACGACGACGAUGAUGAUCUAUCCGACGAGAUUGAAGAACAAAAAGAAGAAAUUGAAGAAGAAGAAGAAGAUCAUCCAGAUGCAGAUGCUGCUCGUGAUUCAAUAAAUAAAGAAGGAAAUGAUAAGGCAAAGACAAAUAAUUAAUGAGGUACAAACAUGAGGUUGUUUGGUUUAGGUAGGAAAAGUUUCAGUGUUGAAUUUGUGGCAUGGGAUGCCAAUAAGGCUUCACUUCAACUUCUGUGAUUAAUUCCUCCCAAUAGGUAAGGAAUUGCAAAUAAUGUUGGAUAAAAGAAAGCAAACAAAAAUGUAUUUGUAUUGCUUUGCCUUAGCCUUUGUCAUUGUCAGAUAAUCAUGAUCUCUCUGUCUGUUCAUCUCUUAGCAGUAAAUUAGAUUCUUCUUUUUCUUGUUA